AUUCAAUAACCUCUGGCGGGGAAACCGAAAAGCUCAAACGUAAACAAGUUUAUAGGUUAUGUUUAAUGCAAGAAAUCGUGAAAUAAAUAAUCUUUCAAAAUGUUCAUAUAUGUUAAAAAUAAUAUAUUAUAUUCUUAAAAUUUAAAAGGAAAAACAGCAAACAAGAGAUAAUUAGAAAUUAAAUUUUGAAAUAAUUAAAAGAGAUGGAGGAGAACAAUAUAGAAAUUGAUCUAACAGAUUUUGUUGAAAGUACACCUCCUAAAAUACCCAAAACAAAUUUUACUAAAAAUGACACUGUUCAAAGAUCUUCUGAAAUUACCAAAGUGGACCUAACAUCUGAUAAUUUUCCAGAUAGUAAAGAAUCGGAAAUUCUAAAAAACGAUAUAGCUGAAGAAAUUUUAGGCGAAACAUCCGAAUUUACUUGUUCUUUUAAAUCUGCUUUUAGUAAAUUGAAGCAAUCAGAAUUCUUUAGCACUGAAUUGCCCCAAAGUUCACAAAAUGAAGUAACAACUGGAGUUCCUAAGAAUAAAAGUUCUACCAACUUCGAUAAUUUACUCAUUAAUCCAAAGCAGAGGGGAAAUCCUUUAAUGAAAUUUAUAACCAACACUUCCUGGGAAUAUUCAGAAAUUAUUCCAGAUUAUGCAGUUGGACGAACCACUGCUAUAUUGUUUCUAUCGAUAAGAUAUCAUCAAUUAAAUCCUGAUUAUAUUCAUGAUCGCCUUAAACAAUUGGGCAAAGCCUAUAAUUUAAGAGUUCUCUUAGUUCAGGUGGAUGUUGCGGAACCUCAUUAUUCCCUAAAACACUUGACAAGAAUUUGCAUUCUAGCCGAUUUAACUUUAAUGCUAGCCUGGAAUGCGGAAGACGCUGGAAGAAUUAUAGAAACAUAUAAAAUUUAUGAGAAAAAACCUCCGGAUAUGAUUAUGGAAAAAAAUGAAACAGGUGUUCAACAACGUUUAAUAAAUGCACUAACCACUAUAAGAUCUGUAAAUAAAACAGAUGCCAUGACCCUAUUAACAAAUUUUGGAUCAAUAUCUGAGAUAGUUAAAACAUCUGAUAAAUCUUUGGGACUUUGCCCUGGAAUUGGACCACAGAAAGCAAAACGUAUUCAUAAAACCAUACAUGAAACAUUUUUACGAAGUGAUAGUUAAUUUUUUAAAACGAAUAUGUAAUAAAAUUUUUAUUUUUCUACUAUUAUUUGUAUUGUAAUAAAAUUGUGAAAAACCAAUAAAUGAUUUACUCUAA